GAUGGAGUGGGGCCCGGGCGCAGGCUGGUCACGGGGGGAGGCUGCCGGCGUGGACCGUGGGAAGGCGGGGCUGGGGCUCGGCGGGAGGCCACCCCCGCGGCCGCCCCGGGAUGAACGCGCCCAGCAGCUGCUGGACGCCGUGGAGCAGCGGCAGCGGCAGCUCCUGGACACCAUCGCCGCCUGCGAGGAGAUGCUGCGGCAGCUGGGCCGCCGGCGCCCAGAGCCGACUGGUGGCGGGAACGGUUCAGCCAAGUCCGGAGCGCCGCCCCAGUCAGCUGUAUCCGCCAGAGGUGGCCUUCCAAAGGAUUCUGGCGAUGGAGCUGCGGAGCCUUGAUCAUUCCCUAGCGGGGCAUUCUGACUUCUGUCCCUUCCCUGGGCCGGUGGUUAGACUCUGACCAAACUCCCUUCACUUGAAGGGGCCAGUCUUCAUUGGCAAUUGCUGGUACUUGGCCCUCAGCCUGGGAUGGCAACUCUACUAGCAGCUGGGUUCACUCCCACGUCGUCCUGGCUGAAGGCAGUACUGUGUUUUGAAACGUAGGCAACGAAUAUCCAGUCUUGAGUACUUGGAUUCGGGAAGGCCAGCAGUGCUGGCCAGAGUGGUCCAGCCUGCUUUGGGGGUUCCAGGUGGUAUUACAUGUUCAUUUCAUGCUUUGGGGGCUCUCAGCCCCACAAAACACUUAAGCAGAGUCUUGAUUAAAAGGAAACCUGCAGACCCCUGUU